GGGGCAGAGACGGAGGACACCAGUGCCACCCAGACUGCGCUGCUCUACAGGAUGGUGUCCCGCAAGGUGGUGGCUGCACUGCUGCUGGUGCACGUGGCCACCAUGCUGGCCUCCCAGACAGAAGCCUUCGUUCCCAUCUUCACCCACAGCGAGCUCCAGAGGUUUCGGGAAAAGGAGCGGAACAAAGGGCAAAAGAAAUCCCUGAUUGUACAGCAGAGGUCCGAGGAAGAGGGUCCUCUGGACCCUACGGAGCCCACAGAGGAAGAAGAAAACCAAGUUAUCAAGCUGACUGCUCCUGUGGAAAUUGGAACGAGGAUGAACUCCAGGCAGCUGGAAAAGUACCGGGCCGCCCUGGAAGGGCUGCUGAGUGAGGUGCUUCUGCCUGCCCAGAGCGACAAAUGACAGCCCACUCUGGGGAGAAGGUGAAUGAAACUGGGAGACCCUCCUACUCGAGGGAGACCCCGGAACCUGCAUGCCCAGCAGCCUGGCUCCGAAGGAAAAUACUCUCUCCCAAGCAAGCCCCCUCUGGCAAAUAAAGUAGCAAAUAAACAG